UCAGUGGAGGUCUAAAUCUUUUAUUUGUUUGGUAAGUGUGGGUCAAAUAUUUACAACUGAUGUCACUCGUUUAUUCACUGAAAUAUAACACGGAACUAGAAAACUGGUGGAGGGAGGGAGCGCUGGUGGAGGGAGGGGAGAGGAAGGGAGUGGAGGGUGCAGAGUGUCAGGAAGAGGAAGAGCGAGGGUGUUGCAGGGAAAGUACUGGUCUGUGCUGCGUGUGGGAAGUGACUUUAGUGGCGGCGUGAAGGCGAGGACACGAGUGAGGUGCUGGCAGGCUGACUGAGCUGACAUGUGGGGUCUCCCAGGGGACCAAGAUGGGUCCUCUAUGCUUCCUCCUCCUCAUUAACGACGCCCUCACCGACACCCCCCAUCGCUGGAAGUAUGUGGACGACUGCACCGUGGGCGUCCCAGAAUCCACCAAGAACCCGGACUACUCGCCACUGCAAGCAAUUCUGGAGCGACUGCAGACGUGGACGGAGGAGAGCAGGAUGACCAUCAACCACAGCAAAACUGUGGUGAUGCAUUUCUGUACCUCCUCUGUACCAGUGCCCCCUCCCCGGCUCACAGUGGGCCCUCACCCCCUCCAGGUGGUCCAAUGUGCCAAGCUUCUCGGAGUCACGGUGGACGACCAGCUGACCUGGAAGCAGCAUGUCGCCAGCACCGUGAGAUCAGCUACCUACAGGCUGUACAUGCUGCGCAGACUCAGGUCGCUGGGGACGCCGACAGAUGAGUUAAGGGGGGUGUACCCUAUCUUCAUCCUCCCCAAACUCAUGUACGCCUCCCCAGCGUGGUCCUCCUCCCUCACACACACUCAACAGCUACAGCUAGAGAGUGUGCAGAAAAGGGCGUGCAGGGUCAUCCUUGGCCCUGCAUACACCACCUAUGAAGAAGCCCUGACCACCCUGAGACUGUCCAGACUAUCCACCAGGCACCGAGAGGCUCUGGAGAAGUUUGGAAGGGGACUACUGCAUCACCCACGUCUCAGAAACAUGCUGCCGCCUGACGCGCCUCCCCCGACCCGUGCCACCAGACACCACAAUAAGAUAACGCCCCUAAAGGCGCCGCGCACGGAUCGGUACAGACUCAGUGCGAUUCCCACCAUGGUGCGAGCCAUCAAUCAAUAGUCUCUUCUAGA